CACAGGCACAACUUUAGCUUGAUGAACCGACAUCCGAACGGCCAACCGGCAUCCUCUUCACGUGGAAGUGAUACCGCUGCGCCUUUGCAGCUCUAUGCAACAUGCACGUCUGACAUGGCUUGUUUCUAACAUUAAUCCUAGUGCUUAACUUAGCCAAGUCACUUGUUCUUUCUAAUGUCAGAUACAUCUCACUGCACUGAUGAGGGCUGAAGAUGAGAAGGGCCUUAGUCGAUGUUAUUCCAGAUCUUAGAGGUCGAGUACGUGGCCAUGCUUACAAGUUGAUGGAUGAAUGACAUGUAUGCUGUAGCUGUCAUGAUAUAAAAGAGAUGGAUCUGCUGUAGUGGAUUGGGAUAUCAUCAGCCAGCAAGUCAAACAUUCUACAGUCAAGCUCCCAUUCACCAACAUAGCACUCUUCUUUGGACAUCAACUAUCAUCUUGUCUUACAGCUACCAGUACUUUCAGCAAUGGCAUAUCGUGCAACUGCUCUCCUGGCUCUUUCAGGCCUUGCUUCUUUCAGUAACGCCAAACCCAUUCAGUCCUACGGCUCCACCGCCUCGGGCUCUGAUAGUUCUCAUGGCUCCAUGACUUCAACACAUGAGAGUUCCAUGCCGUCUUCCCACGGCGGAUCCUUGGCUUCUUCCUACGGCAGCUCCAUGGCCUCUUCCUACGGCAGUGCCAUGCCUUCUUCAAACGGUGACUCCGACCACCCUCACGGCUCCAUGACCUCUUCUUCUCCCUACUCUGCAUCUUCCAACUACCAAAGCUUCCCCACCCAAGUAGCCACCAGCAAAAACCUCCUCCUCAGCAACGGAUUCCCAAAUCUCUCUCCUCAAGCUCUCUCCGCGGUCAACAACGCCGCCCACGGCACCCUCUCCAACGCCACCGGGCCUCCCCCUUCCUUCUCCCCCGACGAACUCACAAACUUCCAACUCGUCGCCUUUAACGAAUUCUUCGAAGUUGCCUUUUUCACCUCUCUACUCACAAACAUCACUUCUGGCAUCUCUGGCUUUGAAAUCCCUGCCCAUUUAAACUCCUCCUUCAUUCUGGACACCCUGAUUGCCGUCCAAGCACAAGAGGAAUUGCAUGCUAUAAAUGCAAACACCAAAUUACCCAUCCCACUAAAGACGUGUGAAUACGUUUUCCCAACGUCGAAUUUCAAUGAUGCGAUUGCAUUGGCUGCUACUUUUACCGAUGUGGUACUCGGAACACUUCAAGAUGUUGCUGUGAUUUUCGCGGCGAAGAACCCAGAGGUUGUCAGGGGUGUUGCUGCGACUAUUGGACAAGAAGGGGAGCAGAAUGGGUUCUAUCGCGCGCUGCAGAACAAGAUUCCUUCUGCUCAGCCCUUUCUCACCGCUUCGGCUAGAGACUUUGCGUUUAGUGCUUUGAACCAGAAUUUUGUUGUUGCUGGGUCUUGCGAUGUUUCGGGGAUUGAUCUCAAGAUAUUUGAGGUGCUUAGUCUGGAGACGGCAAAUGUUGGACUCGGAGAUCAGACGAUUACGCUGUCCUUUGAUAUCAGCGACUUCCAUGGAACAACUGAAGAUCUUGCAUUUGUCCUGAUCAGUGGACAAAACGUCCCAAUCGUCCAGGAUCUCAAGAACGUCAAGCAAGAGGGUAACAAAGUCACUUUCGACGCCGACUUCUUGCAGCAGACUGAUCUUCUCUUCGGUUUGACCAUCGGAGCUGUUGUCAGGAAGGGAGGCGAUCUGGCUACUGUUGAUCAAGUUGCUGAUGCUGCGAUUUUUGGUCCUGCGCUUAUUGAAGUUGCUUAGAUGGACGGUUGUCUGGGAACUAGAUAUAGGAAGGUGUAGGAGAGUGGAGGAGAUUGUUUGGACUUGUUCGAUCGUCUCUUGGUGUUGGACUGUCGUUAUAGAUACUUGGGCCUGUUUUUGUUCAUACUUUUGACUUUUUUUGUUUUGAGAACAACAGUUGGAUAUUGCUUGGAUAAUCAUAUGCAUAUAGAGGGAAGUUUGUAGCAUAGUAUAUAGCUUUUCACCUCAAAUGAC